UCUUGCUUCCUCUCUAGAGUAAAAUAGUGUGGUACGCCCUGGCAGAACCUGUGACCAUGGGUAGCUACGGUGCCUGCCAUUCUCCCUCCCCCUCCUCCCCAGGGCUUUUCCUUCUGAAAUAAAUAAACAUCACUUAUCCAUGUCACAGAGGAGUAUAGCUUCCAACCUCACAAUAGCACAGCUUGCUGGGUCCUUAGAGCCCCCCUGGGGACCUCCUGGUUGCGUAAUUAUAUCCUCCCUACUCAAGGGUAGAGAUUUGUGGGCCCACAAGGAUGGAAACUGACUACCUGAAGAGGUGCUUCGGAAAUUGCCUGAGCCAGGCACUGGCAGAGGUGGCGAAGGUUCGGCCCAGUGACCCCAUAGAGUACCUGGGUCACUGGCUUUAUCAUUACAGGAAAACCGUUAAAGCAAAAGAAGAGGUCCAACAACGGGAGAGCCAGUUGAAGGAAGAACAGGGUAAUAGCCUCAAAGAAACCGCAAUGACAGAAAUGCUGAACCAAGAAGAAUGUCAGAUUCAACAGAAGUGUGAAAAGUGUGACAAGCCACUGACAUCUGUAGCUAGUUCCACAAAGAAGACUGCAUUCAUACAAGAGAACACAAAACCCCUUGAGAAGGAUGCCUUGAAGCAGGAAUCUCUGCCAGGUACUUCCAAUAUGAUUCCAGGAAUGCCUCAAUAGAGUCCCUCUCCAGAGUCUUCUGGCCAGACUGGCAACUGUGUCAAAACUCCCCAAGAAAUAAAUUCCCAGGCUCUUCAGCAUGAAAUUGCUACUCAGAUGCAUCCUGGUUCCAAAUCUCCUUCUUAAGUUAUCAAAAGGUGGAUGAUUUGCAUGAUGCUUGUUGUGGAAGGAGGUGUCUUACAGGAACGGACUCUCCAGCUAAAGUUCUGUUCUGGUGGCCUUAAUAACUCUUACUCAUGUAAGCAUUUGAACUACUGAUAGGAUAAAAUAAACUCAUAAGAAUUUCAAAUUUUUUGAGAUUAGACAGUGGAAACACAUCAAUCUCACAUGUUCAUGUGUCAGUUUUAGGUGAACCCUCCAGUCAGGCCUAGAGUGUUUAUACAUGUCCUAGAGUGUAUCUGUGUCACUGAUAACAGGUAUUUUAAAGCAGCUCCAAUGACAGUAAAGCUCAAAGGGAGAGUUUUAUGGCCACACACCAAGAGGGUAUUAAAUGGUUAUUACUUCCACGAUGAGGCACUUGGGUUUCCCAAGCUGGCUUGAAAAUGGCUUGAGGUUGCAAGGAAAGGACACUGGCUUAGGGUUUGUAUUUCCGUCAGGGGUGGACCCAGGUAGGAGCGCCCAUCCUUGGGGAGAGUCUUGCCUGGCUUGAAACUCACUGUGCCAACAGUGAGAGCACUGUUGGGAGCACCUGAGUUUAUCAGCUUGCCCAGAUGUGGGGAGGAGGGAGAGUUGACGUCUACAAGCUGUCAGCAGACAGACACCAAAAAACGGAGUCUGACUUUAUCACAAAGGGCCAAUCUGGGAAACUCUCAGUGGACUUGACCCACUUAAUCUUUGAGUGAAGCACUCUGGGAAGGUACUGAGGUCCUUCUAAUUUGCACCUGGUGGGAAGGCAUUCAGCCACACUUUCCAGAGUUGCUGGAAAAAGCCAAAAGAUCCAAAAACCCACACAAAGAAGCCAAGAGAGCUUUGUAGAGGGCCCCGGUGGUACCUGCAGCAUCCCAGGAGAAAGGUGAAAUCUGGGCAGCCAGUCCUCUACCUGAGAGCGGUUAUCUCUUGGACAUCACAGCCUGUGUGAGGGAAGUCAUAACUUCUGUUGACUUUAAGGGAUUCCAUACUUUUGCCUUUUAACAUUCUUUGGCCCCAGCCUUUGGUCACAUCCCUGGGCGGUGAAAAUGUAAUCCAUCUUACUAAUGUUUUGUUGCACUGUUGCCAAGCUUGGCAUUUUGUUUGCUGUUAUUUUGUUACUGAAAAGUUGUUCCAGUGCACUUCUUGUGCACAGAUCUUAGGAGGUCUCUGCUGAUCUGUCUAUGGAUUGCUAAAUCAAAAGAUAUUGGCAUUUUGGGGAUAAAAGACACGAACAGACAUUUCAUGGAAGAGUAUAUACAUAAGAUAAAUAAGCACAUGAAAAUAUGUUCAACCCCAUUAACCAUUACAGAAAUGCAAAUUUAAAUCACAAGGAUGCAUCACUAUACAUCUGUCAGGAUAGCUGGAGUUAAAAAAUAGUGACAGUGGGGGCGCCUGUGCGGCUCAGUUAAUGGAAUGUCUGACUCUUGAUUUUGGUUCUGGUGGUGAUCUCGGGGUUGUGGGAUUGAGCUCUGCAUCAGGCUCUGCGCUCAGCAGGGAGUCUGCUUGGAAUUCUCUCUCUCCCCCUGCCCUCCCCCCUGCUCUCUCAUGCUCUCUCUCUAAGAAAUAAAUAAGUCCUUAAAAGAAAAUACCAACACUGAAUGCCGGUGAGGAUGAUGAAAACUCACAUCACUCAGACUUUGCUGUAUCCCCUCUCUCCCUCUCCCCCUCUCCUGCUCAUGCUUACUCUCUUUCUCUCUCCCUCUCUCAAAAAAAAAAAAAAAGUUAAUUUUUUAAAAGUUGAUAAAAUUCUUGCCUUAUGUACACUUCAUUUUCAAAUACCCCCAAUUAUCCCAAAGAAUGUACUGUAGUUUUUAUUUAUUUUGAAAAGAAAAAUUUAUUUUUUUAUCUUUAAUUGCAAUCACUUUUGCCAGAUUGUCAGCUGGAAAGCUAGACUCAUUUACACUCCCAUUUGAAAGUGGCUGUUCUUUAUCCUCUUGGCACACUGAGCUACUUAUUUUACUUUUAUUUUCUGCCAAUCUAAUACGUGAAAAAUAGUAGAGUUCUUUAUAUAUAUUCUGGAAUCUGACCGUUUAUCAGACAUAUGUUUUGCAAAUACAUAUGGUUAUUAUCCCCAUUUUACCAAUGAAGAAUCUGAAGGACAAAGACAUCAGUUAACCUGCCUGGGCCCACCUGGCUAGAAAGGAGAGCCAGUGUUCAAACUCCCAGUUGUUUGGUUCCAGAGUAAGAGCCUGAACUCACUCCCCAGCACCACCCUCAGAAGAGCAGCCUCAGAGAUCAUCUGGUUAAGGGUAUGGGACUUGCAGCCUGACUCAUCCCUCCCCCAGUAGAGAUGGCUCUUCUCCACAGCCCAGGACAAAUCAAGUCAUGGUGGUGACCAGUGUCUUGUAGGCUUUACCAAAAGCCAGAUUUGCUCAAGGACUGAAUGGCAAAGGAAAAUGGCCAAGUUCUUCCCUCCUCCCCCAGGGCAGUGCCUGGAGGUCACUGCCAGUGCUUACGCUGCCCCUUUCUGAUGGACAUAUUCUCUAGAGGAGGUUCAGUGCCUUCGCUUACCAUAUGGUCUUUCUCGCCUCUCUCGCUAAGAUGAUAUUACGUAUCCCACUUCUGGCCAAGCUGGCUUUGUUUUUAGUGAGCAACUAAAGGUGGACCUGAAGAAGGGCAAUCACGUUUUCUUCAUCUUCUAGCUCUUGUGGUUGGCAGCUUUUUUCACUGGCCUCCCUCUCCUGAUGGGCAGGAGCAGUAAGAGAUUCAGUGCUGAGUGCAGGAGAGGCUCAGUGACCACAGUAAGUGCAGGGCAAGGAGGGCCGGUGGUGGAGGGGACAGCAGGUGGGACAGCACCAGCAGCAGUUUGACAGCAGGAGAAGGACACGUGCACAGGCUUGGAGGCAGCAACGAGGACUCACUAGAGCGUCAGUGGUGUGUGGAGGAAUGGCUGAGAGGCUCAGGGUGCAGAAAAGGUCCGUAUCUGGGAGGUGCUGGGGAGGAGGAAUCCACCGUGAGUGGGAAGGAGAAGUCUAGGUUGAAUUCCAGCUUUUAUUUGUUUAGGGAGAAAGGAAGAGGCUGAGUAAACUUACUCCAAAAUAAUGCCUAAUUUUGAAGUGACUUUAAAAUCAGGACCAUUCCCAGAGAGGAAAGGUUUAGGAUGGAUUGCUUCUGUACCCAAAAGAUAUGCAUUCAAUAGGACUUUCUAUACUUUCUUUUUUUUUUUUUUAAGUUUUUUUUUUUUAAGAUAUUAUUUAUUUGACAGAGAUCACAAGUAGGCAGAGAGGCAGGCAGAGAGAGAGAGAGGAAGGGAAGCAGGCUCCCUGCUGAGCAGAGAGCCCAAUGCAGGGCUCUAUCCCAGGACCCUAAGAUCAUGACCUGAGCCAAAGGCAGAGGCUUUAAUCCACUGAGCCACCCAGGUGCCCCUUUUUUUAGGUUUUUAUUUUAAUUCCAGUGUAGUUAACAUAUAGUGUAGUAUUAGUUUCAUAUGUAUAAUAGAGUGAUUAAACAUUUCCAUGCAUCACCCUCCUUAAUCCCCAUCAUUGAUUACACCCAUCCCCCACACCCACCUCCCCUCUGGAAACCUCCAGUUUGUUCUCUACAGUUCAGAGUCUAUUUCCUGGUUUGUCUGUCUCUCUCUUUUUUCCCCCUUGACUCAUUUGUUUUGUUUCUUAAAUUCCAUACAUGAUAGAUGAAUGAAUAAAGAAGAUAUACAUA